AUGGCGGCUUUGGACCAGCGCGAGCCGCGGGGCAUGCCGGUUUCCGACGAAAAGGCGGCACGUAGCGUGCCGCAGUGGAGGCAGGGCAACUACGAGAUCAACUGGUUGGCCGUCGCCGUCCUGGCUGUGCCUCCCGUCACGGUGGCCGCGGCUGUUUUGGCGGGUGUGCCUCUGGUGACGAAGACCCUCGUGGUGGCAGCCUUCUUCUACGUCUUCAACGGCAUGAUUGGUGUCACCGUGGGCUACCACCGCCUUUUUUCCCACCGAAGCUUCAUUGCGCACCCGGUGCUUCAGUGGAUUUGCGCGGUGGCUGGCGCAGGCGCCUUUGAGGGCUCGGCCAAGUGGUGGGGCCGCAACCACCGCAUCCACCAUCGCUACGUGGACACGCCCAAGGACCCGUAUGACGCCACCCGUGGGUUCUUCUUUUCCCACAUGGGCUGGAUGAUCAUGAAACAGGAUUAUGCGCUUCUCGGGAAGGUGGACGUCAGCGAUUUCAGGUACAACAACAUUAUUCAGUUCCAGCAUCGCCAUUUCUUCAAGAUCGCCAUGGUGUCCGGUAUCAUUCUCCCGACGCUGAUUUGCGGCCUUGGCUGGGGCGAUUGGCUCGGUGGGUACUUCUACGCGGGGCUCGCGAAGGUGGUGUUUGUGCAUCAUUGCACCUUUUUCAUCAACAGCCUGGCCCAUAAGGGUUGGUUCGGCGCGGUGCAGAACUACUCCGACCGCCACACCUCGCACGACUCCUUUGUCUGCGCGCUGCUGACGUUUGGGGAGGGGUACCACAAUUUUCACCACGAGUUUGCGCAAGACUACCGCAACGGCAUCAAGUGGUACCAUUUCGAUCCGACCAAGUGGACCAUUCGCGUGUGUGAGUGCCUGCAGAUGGCCACCCACCUCGUGCGCACCCCCAACGACGUGAUUGAGCGGAACGUGAAGCAGCUCCUGCGCACUAAGCUCGGCAGGCAAUUGGGGUCCCUCGAGAGGCGACUGAAGGAGCUUGAGCUCCCCACAACGGAGGAGUACACGUGGGAUGACGUGGCGCGGCUUGUGCGGCAGGGCCAGAAGCUGACUGUGGUUGGCGACAGCGUUAUUGACCUGCAGAGGUCCGUCCCAACAGGCGCCGGUUACACGCACUCCGACGCGAAAAUUGUGUGGUACGAGGCCCACCCGGGAGGGAAGAAGAUGCUGGACAUGUUCGUGGGCAAGGACGCGACGGAGGUGUUCCACGGGGGAAUAUACAAGCACUCGCUGGGUGCUGAGGGCCUGCUCCCGCACCUGCGCGUCGCGAAACUGAGGCGUCGGUAG